AUGGCGGCCAUAAGCUCUGUUGUAGGAACUGGAAGCGUGCCCCAAAUCCAAAAUCGUAGUGGCCUUGCCCCUUUUACCCCUUUACAUACUUCCUUAUUUUCUCCAACCAGGCGUUUGCUUGAAGUUGGUGCUGGUAGGACAUCUACACAAAGUGCCAUUGAUGACAGAACUACUGUUUGUUUAUCCAAGCCUAAAUUUGACAAUGCCGGUCAGCACACGGUAAGUAAACUGGUCACCUCUCAAAGAAAUAUUGUGUGCUCUGCUUUGCCAGAAUCAUCUACUUCUACUGUUGCUGCUGAUACAAAGGAGGUAAAAACAGCUCAAAAGGCAGCUCCAGCCAAGCCUAAAGUUGCAGCGAAAGCUCCAGUCAAGCCGUUGCCUCAAAUGAUGGAGGAGGAUGUUAUCCCGCAACUGAAAGCAAUACUUGAAACUCAAGAUGAACUCUCUGACAUUGAGCUAUCUUUUCAAGACAACAAGCUGGAAGGUUUCUUUUUAAAAAAGGACAUUCGGUAUUCAUUUUGGGCCUUCUUUCCCGGUGGAGUCCUCACAGGUCCAAAAGGGUUUUCUCUGUCUUCCUAUGGCCAAGGAGCGAGUACAGUUGAGCCUUUUCUCAUUGAUGAGAAGAAAAUAACGGCAAAACAUAUUGUAUUUUGGGUUGAAAAGCGUCUAGCAGCUCAAGGAAUCAUUCCGGUGUGGAAAGACUAA